AUGUCUCUCGCCAACCUUGCCCUCCACCAAUCACCUGCAUCCCUCACUUCUUCAAGAUGUCGCUUUCCCCUAACCGUACCUAACCCCGCUUCAAAUCUCACAUUUCGGUCCGGACCAUCUAGGCCUCUAGGCAUCCGAGCCUCCGCCGAGCCUGAACCAUCCCAAACCUCCGACUCUUCAUCCACGUCAGCAGUGAAGGAGCCAGCAGCUGGCAAGGCAGCAGCCGGCAAGCCAGCGGCCGGCAAGGGGUUCGGGAAGGCGCCGCAGCAGCCGGCAGUGGUUCGGCGGCCGGCGCCGUCUCAGCCGUUGCUGUCGACUCGGCCGGUGGGCGAGGAGGAGAAGAAGGCGGCGGAGAUCGAGACGGCCGUGGUGGCUUCCUUAGGGUUCGUCUUCCUCCUCAUCAUCCUCGAAGGGUUGUUUCUCGCCGCUGCCGGUGCGUGCAAUGCGGGGGACUUAAAGGUUGGCAGGGGCGACUGGAAGAGAGUGGGCGGAAGGGGGUGUGCAGAGGGAGGGGAUGUAAGGGGGGAACUGGGUGGAAGGCUUGGAAGGUCAACUGGGCCCUCUGGAGAAUCGUUUUUGAGGCGCCUCAAAGAAGCACUCUCUUUUGAUAAGCUCAUUUUCAACCCUCCCCGUUCGUCUCCUGUUGCCCAUCGCCUCUCCCAGGCUUCCGAUCGGAGGAGCUGGAUCAGAUGGCCAUGGAUUCUCGUGUAUCCCGCCCUAUCUCCCUACCAUCUCAUCACCCCAAGCCUCUCCCCUCCCCGCCCCUCCCCUCCCCGCCCCUCCCCUCCCCGCCCCUCCCCUCCCCGCCCCUCCCCUCCCCGCCCCUCCCCUCCCCGCCCCUCCCAUCCCCGCCCCUCCCCUCCCCGCCCCUCCCCUCCCCGGUUUUCCCCAAUCUCUUCCAGGCUUCCUAUCGGAGGAGCUGGGUCACAUGGCAAUAGACCUGGUGUAUCCCGCCUUCUCUCCAUACCAUCUCAUCGCCCCAAACCUCUCCCCACCCGGUUCACCCCACCCUGCCCCUGUGCAGGCUUCCUAUCGGAGGAGCUGGAUCAGCUGGCAAUGGAUCUCGUGUAUCCCGCUUUCUCCCCCACCGUGGCUGUUUUCCUCCUGGGCGCCACAGCCUAUGGUGCCUUCAAGGUCAUCGGCAUCGGUGGCAAGAAGCAAUAA